AAAGAGAGGAGCCAAUCCAUAACCAUUGGCUAAAUUGGCUUAUUAGCUCGCUGCCUGAAGAAGAUGAAGCUGCAUGAGAGCAGACGCAGAGUGGAAGAUUCAGAAGAGGAAGACGACGAAGUGCUCCGCAGGGUUGAGGACGAUGAGUUACCGGAGGGCUCCGCCACCGCCAAGCCCUCCUGGAAGGCUCUUCUCAGGCUGUUCCGCUCCGACUCCCAGCUCACCGCCAGCGCCAGCAGCAGAGACUUGGUUGCCGCCGCCCCACCUUCCGACGCAUUUUUCAUUCGUCCCGACAACGGGUGGUACUUGGCAUGGACGCAAUUCAUUCUGCUAUGGGCGGUGUACUCCUCCUUCUUCACGCCAUUGGAGUUCGGCUUCUUCAGAGGCUUGCCGGAGAACCUUUUCCUCCUCGACGCGGCCGGCCAGAUCGCCUUCCUUGUAGACAUUGUGGUCCGAUUCUUCGUCGCCUACAGAGACUCCCACUCCCACCGACUCGUACACUCUCGCAAGCUCAUCGCUCUCCGGUACUUGAAGUCUCGGUUUCUGGUUGAUUUUCUUGGUUGCUUGCCUUGGGACGGUAUUUACAAGGCUUGUGGCAGAAAGGAGCCAGUAAGGUACCUACUGUGGAUAAGGCUAAGUCGGGCACUUAGAGUGACAGAGUUUUUUGCAAAGAUGGAGAAAGAUAUCCGUAUCAACUAUUUGUUUACAAGGAUCGUGAAACUUCUUGUUGUGGAACUGUAUUGCACACACACUGCAGCUUGCAUUUUCUACUAUUUGGCUACAACGCUGCCUCCAUCAAGGGAAGGUUAUACAUGGAUAGGAAGUUUACAGAUGGGCGAUUACAGUUAUUCACACUUCAGAGAUAUUGAUCUUUGGAGGCGUUAUAUAACAUCCUUAUACUUUGCUAUUGUUACAAUGGCAACUGUUGGUUACGGAGAGAUACAUGCUGUCAAUAUCAGGGAAAUGAUUUUUGUAAUGGCCUAUGUCUCUUUUGAUAUGAUUCUUGGUGCUUAUCUACUUGGUAACAUGACGGCAUUGAUUGUAAAAGGAUCAAAAACAGAAAGGUUUAGGGACAAAAUGACAGAUCUUAUUAAAUACAUGAACAGACACAAACUUGGAAAGGGUCUCAGUAAUGAGGUCAAAGGCCACUUGAGACUUCAGUAUGAAAGCAGUUACACAGAGGCUGCUGUUCUUCAGGAUAUUCCAAUCUCCACUCGAGCUAAGAUCUCACAGAAGUUAUAUGAGCCAAUCAUUAAAGAGGUUUCCCUUUUUAGGGGCUGCUCAUUAGGAUUCAUUAAACAGAUUGCAACAAGAGUUCACGAGGAAAUUUUCCUUCCUGGAGAAGUAGUUAUAGAGCAGGGACACAUAGUAGAUCAACUCUAUUUUGUUUACCACGGUAAACUGGAGGGAAAAAGUAAAGACGAUGAAACAGCUGUUCUGCAUCUGCAAACUUUUAGCUCAUUUGGUGAAGUUUCUAUACUUUGCAACAUUCCAGCUCUUUACACUGUCCGAGUUUGUGAACUUUCUAAGCUAUUACGACUUGAUAAACAAUCUUUCACGGAGGUCCUUGAGAUAUACUUCUCCGAUGGGCGUAUUAUUGUAAAUAAUGUCCUUGAGGGGAAAGAGUCCAAUCUUCAGAACAAGCUAUUGGAAUCUGACAUAACACUUAAUAUUGCAAAACAUGAAUGUGAGCUCACUAUGAGGUUAAACUGUGCUGCUCAUGAUGGAGAUCUUUAUCGGCUAAAACGUUUGAUUGGAGCAGGUGCAGAUCCCAAUAGGAGUGAUUAUGAUCGAAGAUCACCUCUGCAUCUUGCUGCAUCCAGGGGAUAUGAAGAGAUUGCUGAAUUCCUUGUCCAGAAAGGAGUGGGGAUCAAUGUUAAAGAUAAUUUUGGAAACACUCCGUUGCUUGAAGCCAUCAAGAAUGGACAUGAUCGCAUUGCAUCUUUACUUGUCAAAGCUGGGGCAUCAUUGGCUAUAGAUAAUGCUGGAAGUUUUCUCUGCAUGGUUGUCGCAAGCAGAGACUCAGAUUUUCUAAGAAGACUUCUAGCUAAUGGUAUAAAUCCCAACUCCAAAAAUUACGAUCUUCGAACUCCUCUUCAUUUAGCUGCUGCAGAAGGGUUGGUUACAGUGGUUUGCUUACUUUUACAAGCUGGUGCCAGUGUCUUCUCAAAGGACAGAUGGGGAAAUACUCCACUUGAUGAAGCCCGAAUAGGUGGAGAUAAGAAUCUUAUACAACUUCUGGAAGAUGCAAAGCGCACUCAGUUAUCAGAUUUCUCUGAUUGCUUCAAAGAAACUCAAGCACAAGAUCAAAGGCAACGUAGGAUAUGCACAGUUUUCCCCUUCAAUCCAUGGGAUAAAAGAGAAGACAGAAGACAGGGAGUUGUGUUACGGAUUCCACAGGGCAUGGAAGAGCUUGUCGCAGCAGCUGCACGAGAGUUACAAGUCCCCGGUGCUGCUUGUAUUUUAUCAGAAACCGGGGGAAGGAUUCUCGACAUUGGCAUGAUAUCGGAUGGUCAGAAUCUGUUUUUGGUUAAUGAAGAAACAUAAACAGAACAGAUGAUCUGUAGAGUUUGGUAAUUGUACAAGUAAAGGUGCUAGGGUCAUGUCAUAUCUUCCAGCUUCCCGCAUUUACAACUGUGUUCCUAUUUUGAUCUGUAGGCAAAUAACCCAACAGGAUGUUGCAUGCCACCGUAAUUUGUGAUUUGGAGGGACUCUAGGGUCCAUUUGAGCUUUGAAUUACACACCCAAUGGGCUUGCCUUCCCAUAAAAGUUCAGAACAGGGGGCCUGUGGUGGCUCGGUCACCUUCCCCAAAAGUUUGCUCCUAAUUUGACCAUUAUAUUUAAUGUU